CAUCGAACGGAAGAGAAAGAGUGCGUUCCUGCUUGAGAAGUGUCCCAAGGAGUAGAGAACACCGUGCAAGAAGUCAGACGAUUUCGUCAGAUUGUAAAUCUCAAAGUAGACCAAAAAUGAAAGCAUUCCAAAGUUUGCUGGUGCUUGCCGUGGUUGCUUUGGCGGCGGCCUAUCCUGCGGAACAGGAAGAGGUUCAACCUAGUGGUGCUCAGCCGACGGAUGUAGUCCAGUUGGUACCCGUGCCAGAAAACCUAGCCGAUAACCAGCCAGCAGCUGAACCUAGCGGUGCUGAGGGACGAUCGAAGAGACACCUUGGCUUCGGUGGUAUUGGAAUCGGCGUCGGGGUAAUUGGGGGUGGCUUCGGGGGAUACCCAGGCUAUGGGUACGGUGGCUACCCAUACUACGGUUACGGAGGGUUCCCAGGAUACGGGUACGGCUACCGUCGGCGCUACGGGUACGGCUAUGGAGGUGGAUACGGCUAUGGAGGAGGGUUUGGUUACCCGGGCUAUUUUUAA